AUGUCAAGUCCUAUUAGUGCAGACACCAUUCUAAUAAAAGGAAAUGGAAUCCUAUUUGUGGAGACCACGGACAGAAUGGAUCCACCAUCCCUGGUACUGUGUGCUAUUGAAUCAGCCGCACGAGUCUACCCUGACCGACCGGUGGCCUUCUUUAUGAAAGGAUUGGAGGAUAUUACCACAGAAGAAGAUGAGAAGAGAGCAAGACAACAAUUUCCAACCUUGUCAUCUUUUAGCAAUGUUUACCUCUUCCCUCUUAGAAUGGAUCAAUUAUUUCAAAACACGCCUCUUAAGCCGUGGUUUGACAAGGUCAACCCUGAAGAAGAAACCUACUGGACCCAUGGUAGUUCAAAUGCCUGUAGGUAUGCUCUGAUGUGGAAAUACGGUGGAAUUUGCAUGGAUGCUGAUGUCAUCUCACUUCGUCCUAUACCCCAGGAUCAUUUUCUAGCAGCCCAAGAUUUCAAACUUACUAGCAGUAGUGUUUAUGGCCUCUCCUCAUAUCACUAUAUAGCAUGGCAAUUUAUGGAGAACUUUGUUAAGAACUACAAUGGAACAGUACAGGGACACCAAGGACCGGGGGUUUUCACACGCGUCAUGAAGAAUUUGUAUGGCAUGCCAAUAUUUAACUCUACGGAUGAUGUCAAGUGUGAAAAUAUUAGUUAUUUUCAUCCUCAACGUUUCCACCCUAUCCCAUAUGAUUUGUGGGAAAAGUACUUUGAAGUUUGGAAGAAUUUGCCAACCUUUAAUAACUCCUAUGCCUUACAUCUAUGGAAUUACAUGAAUAAAAAUGAUAUAUCUAUGGUACCUGGAAGCAAACAUUGUUGGAACACCUCUUCCAAAGAUACUGCCCUACCAUCUAUGGAUAUAUCUUGA